AUGAGUCGUUCUAUUUUUUUUUUCUCGUCCCUUUUUUUGUCCCCUCUUAACAAAAUUAGAAAUAUAGGCGGGAAAGUGGAGAACCCUUGGAAGAGUCAGAUCAGAGAUUGGAAAAAUUAA